AACUUGCCCCUACUGCAAAUGCGCCACCGCCGGGAAACGUUCUACGUUACACCCCCGCACCGAGAUUUAUACGAUUGUUUAGUAAACUAUCCAUCUGUCGCGUGACUCCAGAAUACAUCAAAAGGUGUUUUCGACGUGCCUGCUCAUAGACUCAAGUAUGUCAGGGGGUAUCUCUGCUAGCAUAGCCAGCGGCAGACUGCGAGCCGAAGGGAUGGGAGAACACGACCGAGCCAUCCCAUUCCUCAACCAGGACUUUGAGGCUCUCCACCUGGAGUGUCUGGAGACUGGCUGUCUGUUUGAGGAUCCUAUCUUCCUGGCUGAACCUCCCUCUCUGGGCUUCAAGGAACUGGCCCCGUAUUCUGCCAAGACCAGGGGUGUGGAAUGGAUGAGACCCACGGAACUGAAUGAUGACCCUCAGUUCAUCCUGGGAGGAGCGACCAGGACAGACAUCUGCCAGGGAGCGUUAGGUGACUGCUGGCUCUUAGCUGCCAUAGCCUCCCUGACCCUGAAUGAGAGGCUUCUCCACAGGGUGGUCCCUCAUGGCCAGUCAUUCCAAAACGACUAUGCUGGAAUCUUUCACUUUCAAUUCUGGCAGUUUGGGGAGUGGGUGGACGUGGUCAUAGAUGAUCGGCUGCCGACAAAGGACGGAGAGCUCAUGUUUGUCCACUCAGCCGAGGGCAAUGAGUUCUGGAGCGCCCUGCUGGAGAAGGCCUACGCCAAGCUGAACGGGAGCUACGAGGCCCUGUCGGGGGGCAGCACCACAGAAGGCUUCGAGGACUUCACCGGAGGUGUGUCUGAGAUGUACGAGCUCCGUAAGGCUCCACAGGGCCUGUACAGGAUCAUCGGCAAAGCCCUGGACAGGGGUUCUCUGUUGGGCUGCUCUAUUGAUAUCACCAGUGCCUUUGACAUGGAGUCUGUGACCUUCAAGAAGCUGGUGAAAGGUCAUGCUUACUCAGUCACUGGACUGAAGCAGGUGGACUACCGGGGCCAAACAGAGAGGCUGAUCAGGGUGCGCAACCCUUGGGGACAAGUGGAGUGGACCGGGGCCUGGAGUGACAAUUCUGCAGAGUGGGAUGAGAUAGAUCCGUCUGAGAGAGAGGACCUUCAUCUACAGAUGGAGGACGGAGAGUUCUGGAUGUCGUUUCAGGAGUUCCUGCGACAGUUCUCCCGUCUGGAGAUCUGCAACCUGACAGCGGACGCCCUGAGUGAAGACAGCCUGAGUCACUGGAACACCAUCAAGUUCCACGGCAUGUGGAGGAGGGGGAGCACAGCCGGGGGCUGCAGGAACCAUCCCAGUACAUUCUGGAUCAACCCCCAGUAUAAAAUCACUCUGCUGGAGGAGGACGAUGACCCGGAGGAUGACGAGGUGGCCUGCAGCUUCCUGGUGGCGUUAAUGCAGAAGGACCGACGGCGGUACCGGAAACAGGGGCAGGACAUGCACACUAUUGGGUUUGCCAUCUACGAGAUUCCGGAGGAGUUCCGGGGCUGUCAGAACGUGCACCUGAAGAAAGACUUCUUCCUGACCCACUCGUCGUGUGCUCGCUCCGAGACCUUCAUCAAUCUGAGAGAGGUCAGCAAUCGCCUUCGUCUUCCUCCGGGAGAAUACCUCAUUGUCCCGUCCACUUUUGAGUCGGGCAAGGAGGCCGACUUUGUCCUGCGAGUCUUCACUGAGAAACAAUCCGAGACAGAGGAGCUAGAUGAUGAAAUCUCUGCCAACCUGGAGGAUGAGGAGAACAUCACAGAGGCGGACAUUGAUGACUCUUUCAAGUCCAUGUUUGCCCAGCUGGCAGGAGAGGAUAUGGAGAUUUCUGUUCAUGAGCUAAGGACCAUCCUGAACCGAGUGGUGACCCGACACAAAGACCUGCAGACUGACGGCUUUAGCAUGGAGUCCUGCAGGACGAUGGUCAAUCUCAUGGAUAAAGAUGGGAGUGCCCGCCUGGGCCUGAUUGAGUUCCAGAUCCUGUGGAAUAAGAUCAGGAAGUGGCUGGCUGUUUACCGACAAUUUGACCUGGACAAGUCUGGGUCCAUGAGCUCAUAUGAGAUGAGACUUGCUGUGGAGUCGGCAGGUUUUAAACUGAACAAUCGAUUAAAUCAGAUCCUGGUGGCACGCUAUGCUGAGAACGAGGCCAUAGACUUUGACAACUUCAUCUGCUGUCUGGUGAAACUGGAAGCCAUGUUUAGAUCAUUCCAGCAGCUGGACAAAGAGGGAAAGGGCAUAGCUGAGAUGAAUAUCACUGAGUGGCUUUACAUGACCAUGUGUGGUUGAAGACGACUAGUCUUUUCCCAGAAGGACUGAUAGAACAGCUAGCAUGCCCGUCUCAGUACCUCUUCCCUGGGUUCAUAUAGGCCUACCGUAGCCUCUUACCUGGAGCCGUGAAGACCUCCUUUAGCCUUUAACCUCAAGCUGUUUCACAUAGGGCUGACCACAAAUGUACUGUUCUUUGUUGACUGAGGUAUUUCCCAUUGUUCUUCCCAGCAUGGUUCCUGCAACUCGGGUUAAAGCCAAACUAACCCAGCCCAAUUGGCCUUCAUGUGGUUAAAGCCUAACCAGCCCAGCCCAGUUGAGCUUGGUUUGGUUAAAGCCUAACCAGCCCAGCCCAGUUGAGCUUGGUUUGGCUAAAGCCUAACCAGCCCAGCCCAGUUGAGCUUGGUUUGGUUAAAGCCUAACCAGCCCAGCCCAGUUGAGCUUGGUUUGGUUAAAGCCUAACCAGCCCAGCCCAGUUGAGCUUGGUUUGGUUAAAGCCUAACCAGCCCAGCCCAGUUGAGCUUGGUUUGGUUAAAGCCUAACCAGCCCAGCCCAGUUGAGCUUGGUUUGGUUAAAGCCUAACCAGCCCAGCCCAGUUGAGCUUGGUUUGGUUAAAGCCUAACCAGUCCAGCCCAGUAUUGUGAACCAGACUCUCUUAUGUUCCCUCCUCAGCCUAUAUAGUAACGUAUUACAGGGUGAGAUCAUCCCUAAUUACCUAACGACCACCUAACUCCUGCUGUGGGGUUAGUUAUGCAACCUUUUUUAAUUGGAUGUUGUUUUUUUAUAUAUAUAUAUAGAUUCACUGUGGAACUGUUGAUCUGUAACCAGCAUGAGUGAGAGCAUGGAACGCCGCAUUUAAAGUUAGUUUUAGUCACAUUAGUUGAACUAAAUAAGGCAUUCGGUCUGUCUGGCUUGUUAAGUUUUUUGCAUGCAAACGGUUUCACAAAGAAAAUGGUUCUCUUUACCAACGUGUCGGGGGGGCUAUGUUGUAGGAACAUUUUACAUUGCGUUUGUUUUCACUCGGUGACCAAGUCUGUCAACAACAUAAAUUCUUACAUUUUUGGGGACAUUAUUUUAGGACUUUAGUUGACUACGCCCACCAGGUGGCGGUAUUGAAUUCUCAUAUCUGGUGUGGUUGAAAAUACCAUUAUUUAGUUAUUGAACUGAAACAUUUGCAGGCGCGGGACAAAUUAAAGGAAAAAACGUUUUAAAUGUGGGUUUUAUGCACUACAACCCUGCUAUAAUAUCUGUUCUGUUCUUGCUGACAGUGUGAUCACGUCCUGCAUUGACAUUCUCAACCACCUGGGAAAAAUACCUGCCUUUCUGUUUGUCCUUACAUAUCGCAGUAAUGCACAAGCAUCACAAUCAUCAAAUGUGUGCUUUUGACCACAAUCUCUGACCCUAUUUAAUGUCUCAUAUAGAUCCAACUGCAGAUGUAAAUGUAAUCUCUUUUCCUAUUGAAACACUAUAGCAAGUUGAGCAGUCGUUGAUUGAAGCUCCUGCCAUCAAAAAUGAACCAUAAUUUUCCUCUUGCCAUCAUGAUCUAAAAUGGUGGUUACCUGGGCCCGCUCAUCAUUUUUAUAUGGGCCUGAUUGGAUGUUAAUUGCUUAAUUAUGUCAUGCAGUACACCUGUAUGGAAGCAUCUGCAUUAUGUUCCUCCACUCAUUUAAUCUGGCUUUUCCUUUACUUUGUCUUUUGUCAGUAGAUGGAUAUUAAUGCAUUUUAGGCAUGAACAGUGCAAUUGAGGGCUUCUACUAUUUUAAGAGUCCCCUGGGGCGGGACUAAAAACGACAUUUAGCUAAUCCCUACGGAUGAUCUGUUUGGGAUUAAUCAAUAAAUUAUACCUCUGAAGAAGCAUAUUGACUACAUACAGAUGUAGGUUGCCUGGAUGGCACUGCCAUGCACCGACAGACUCCACGAGACAGUUGGAAGAUGUUUUUCUAUGCCUAUGGAACCAAACGGGGAAGUACUACUCAUCUGACUGAACGUAUGAUAUUCAUCUAAAGUUGUUUAUUUGAAUCACUAAGGACACAGGAAGCUGUGAGAGGGGUUUAAAAUAAUGUAACCAAUCAAUUCCCACUACCAACCUCGCCUUAUUAUUCACAUUUCAGAAUUGAUAUCAGUCGUUGAUAAUCUUGUAGUGAAUUAUAGUGUUCCUAAGUGCGGAUAUGAUCUGCCAUACAAGUGUGCUUUUGUGGCAAAGUCAGUACCACUUCAGUGAAGCUCACUCUUCCUUGCAAAUGUUUCAAUAAAUCCCUUAUCACUGCUUUCUGAUUGCAUCAAACAUCACAAUAUUGCUGUUAGAAGACAUUAUGAUUGUUUCAAGCCUGUAUGGAAAAGCUAGUAAUCCCCAAUGUUGUGCCUUCAAUAAAUACGUUUGUGUCGAGUUGCACUUUGCGGUCUUUGACACACUGACAUUCAAAAUUA